UCCUCGGAAUCAAAACUAUUCCAUGUGCUCCGUCACACGCGUGCAAUUCUGCAGGGAUCUUCGGUUACACAGAUGAGUCUCUUACCAGUCUGUUGCGUGGCAGAUUUCGAUUCGAAGUUCCUUGAUCGAUUCCUUGAAUUGAACGCAAAGGAGAAAGAAGGCCUUGAUCUCGAUCUCAACAUAGUCAUCAUCACCGACCUUUCAAAAACUUACACGGAAAUUUCAAAGUCGCCAAUGAAUGGCACCUGUUCACCCGCGCCUUUCCAAGGAAGGAGCGCAGGCGAGUGCUUCGAAUUGCUUCAGGAGUUUGCGAGGGAUACAGGGUCUGAGAUUGAUGUAGAGAUUUUCGCUAUCCUGGACGAGAGAUCAAGAGAUGAUGACACCGUCUGUAUCGUGAAGGCUUCAAAGACAACUGGAGAGAUCAAGACUGUACACGGAGCCUUGAGACAAACCGAUAUGUCGCUUGUCAAUCUUUGGGUUGGAAACUUGAAUAUUGAAGAAUGUAGCUACGAAUUUGUAGACUGAAGAAUGUAUCCUUUUGCCCGUGGCA